UAUUAAGACAAGCUGAAGGGCUGUAUGAUCUGUCAUUACAAUAUAUAUUGACUUGAACUUGUAAGUGGAUUUAAAUGAACUAACCCGUGUUGCUUACUGAGUCUUAUCAUUAUGCCUAAUCCGAUGAUUUAUGGUGACAAAUUGAACACCAGACACAAAUUGAAGUCCAUAAACACCUCAAAAGUGAUUCUGUGAUAUUUAAGAGUGGUUUUAUUUAGAGGCGGCGCUUGUUGGCAGCAGAGUAACGUCGCAACGACACUUUUUUUCAAUCCCAGUAAAAGAGUUUGAGCAGGAACAGAGUUGUGUAUAUGUAGCAGGGGGGUCCGGCUGCAUCUGGGGGGUGACUGCUGAUUUUCAGCACGUUUCUUUUAUUUUUUUCUAUUUUAUUUUCUCCUUAUUUUCCCUACUUCGAGCAAUCCAUUGCACGCGCGCGCGCGCCGAUAUAUUUGGACGUACAGAUUUUAGUAUAGACCAUGAACAAACUCUAUGUGGGGAAUCUGAGUCCUUCGGUGACCGUGGAGGACCUGAAGCAGCUCUUCGGCGAGAGGAAGCUUCCCGUGACCGACGAGGUCCUGCUCAAAUCCGGCUAUGCCUUCGUGGACUUCCCCGACCAGAACUGGGCGAUUAAAGCCAUCGAGACUCUAUCCGGGAAAGUUGAAUUGCAUGGGAAAGUGAUUGAGGUCGACUACUCUGUUCCUAAAAAACUAAGGAGUCGGAAGAUUCAGAUCCGGAACAUUCCUCCUGAUCUCCAGUGGGAAGUUUUGGACAGCCUAUUAGCAGAGUAUGGUACUGUAGAAAAUGUGGAACAAGUUAACACUGAUACAGAAACAGCAGUGGUGAAUGUGACAUAUUCAACAAAAGAAGAGGCUAAAAUAGCUGUUGAGAAGUUAACGGGACAGACCUUUGAGGAUUACUCGUUUAAAGUGUCUUAUAUUUUGGAUAUGGAUGCUGCUCCGCCUCUGCCUGCGACCCGGAAUCGUCGGGGUGGAAGGACAUCACGGGAACAGGACUCCCAGCCUGGGACCUCUGCAGGCUCCCUGGCGCACCGACAGAAACAGCAAGACUUCCCCCUGCGCAUGCUGGUGCCCACGCAAUUUGUUGGAGCCAUCAUUGGCAAGGAGGGGCUCACAAUCAAAAACAUCACCAAACAGACACAGUCUAAGGUGGACAUCCAUCGUAAGGAGAACGCGGGAGCGGCAGAGAAGCCGAUCUCCAUCCACUCCACUCCUGAAGGCUGCUCGGCCGCGUGCCGCAUGAUCAUGGACAUCAUGCAGAAAGAGGCUGAUGACACGAAGGUAACUGAGGAUAUUCCUCUGAAGAUCCUGGCCCACAACAGUCUGGUCGGAAGACUGAUCGGGAAGGAGGGCAGGAACCUGAAGAAGAUUGAAGAGGAUACAGAGACCAAGAUUACCAUCUCCUCUUUACAGGACUUGACUAUUUAUAACCCAGAGAGAACCAUUAUAGUGAAGGGGAGUAUCGAGGCCUGUUGUAGGGCUGAAGUGGAGAUCAUGAGAAAGCUGAGGGAAGCCUAUGAGAAUGACAUUGCUGCUAUUAACCAACAAACCAACCUUAUCCCUGGGUUAAGCCUGAGCACACUGGGCAUCUUUUCAACCGGUUUGUCAGUAUUGCCACCAGCUGCUGGGCCCAGAAGCGUCCCAUCCGUACUCCCAGCUGCCUACAACCCUUUUCUUGGUCACUCAUCACAGCUGGGUGGGCUGUACGGUGUCCCGCCUGCUAGUGCCAUCUCUCACCAGCACACACAGGCUCCUGAACAGGAGGUGGUCUACCUCUUUAUUCCAACUCAGGCUGUCGGUGCUAUUAUUGGCAAGAAGGGCCAACAUAUUAAACAACUGGCACGAUUCGCAGGAGCCUCUAUUAAGAUCGCACCCGCAGAGAGUCCUGAUGUCACUCAGAGGAUGGUCAUCAUCACUGGCCCACCAGAAGCUCAGUUUAAGGCCCAGGGCAGGAUAUUUGGGAAACUGAAAGAAGAGAAUUUCUUUUCUGCAAAAGAAGAAGUGAAGCUGGAGACACAUAUAAAAGUGCCCUCUUCAGCAGCUGGGAGGGUCAUCGGGAAAGGUGGCAAAACGGUUAACGAGCUGCAGAACCUUACCAGUGCAGAGGUCAUAGUGCCACGGGACCAAACCCCAGAUGAGAACGACGAGGUCUUUGUCAAAAUUAGUGGCCAUUUUUUUGCCAGCCAGACUGCACAGAGGAAAAUCAGGGAGAUCAUCCAGCAGGUGAAACAACAGGAGCAGAAGCACCAGCAAGGCACCCCCGUGACACACCACUCCAAGUGACCAUCAGGGCAGCCCCAGCGGGCACCUGCCAAUGAAUGUAGCCCUCCCAACUGGAAUCAGACCAGACCAGACGAAGGGGACCGGCCGGGCAGAUCAGCAGCCGUGGGAUCAAAACCAAAGAACUUCUUUCUGGGGGAGAUGAAGGAGCCACAAGCAGAAGGGCUCUGAGUGCACUGCCAGCUUGGGGAGGGAGGGGGGAAGGAAGCGCAAGACGACAAGUGUUCCUUUUAUUGUUCAAACACACCCUGAGCUUGAGAAGAAUAGGUAUGGGGCGUCUGUUAUCAGGACGGUAAACAUCACGGUCGCCCCACGUGACAAUUUCAUUAUAAUCUUCUUAAUUUAGGCUUAAUCUAGGGUUAACACAGAUAAGACGCUCCAUUAACACGUGUACACUGAUGCAUUUUGACUGAGUUGUGUUGCUGUUUUCUCUGGUAGGUGAAGUGUGGGUGUGCACUAGCACUUGGCGACCGAUUAUUAUUAUUAUUUUUUGUUAUUUUUUGAUGCUCGGAUCACGAUUUCUCAGUUGUAUUCUUACCAGUACACUAGAACAAAUAUACUGUUAUAUCUAAAGCAGAAGUACGAUUCUUCUUGUUUUGCACAAGCCGUCAGGCGUGUAGUGCACAUCGCGUACGCAUAUAACAUUAUAUUUUUCAGAUUUCUUGAUGAUGGGACAAGAAAGUUGGGAAAUGUAAAUGACAGAACGUUUAUUCAUAUCUUAGCCCGUUUGCAUUUCGGGAAACAUCAUCCAGCUCAACGGAUCCUUGUUACUUAGCCUGUGCGUGCCAACGGAUGCCGAUAAAACAUUUCUUUCUGUGCAUAUCUUUCAUUUUUUAGUUUUUAUCAUUUGUAGAUUUGUUUCUUAUUUCUGUCCAGCUCUUACACUCCCUUUUUAUUUUUCUGCAGUUAGUCAUUUCAUCACCACCGCAUUCUUGUGGCGGCAGUUAUUACGAGACGGAGUAGGUAUGUGGUAGAUGUGGAUUAGGAGUCAACACCCCUUGUUUGCUUUUAGGGGUAUGAAAAGAAUAUAAAGCAAGCACCAGCGUCUGAAAGACAGCACACCUUUACUGGCUCGGGCAGAACGAAAUCGAAUGUGCACCAAGAACUCUGCCUUAAUCUAUGCUGAAAAGAAACGAAAAGACGAGUGACUCAAAAUGUGAUUGGAGGGUCAGGUUGAUGUGGGACGGGGAGGCACCUUAUGACCUGUGGUACACACACAGCCGUGUUUGGCUUUAAAUCUCUUAGUCAGGGAGCUUUCUAAACGGCAUGACAGCUGUGAAUGUACAAUAAGCAGCCUUUUAGAAAGAGCACCACCCUGUCAUGUUCAGUAAGCUGGUCGGUUGGCGAGAUUAUUUUUUUUUUUUUUUUUCAGUACUUGGGCUGUUUUGGGAAACUGAUUGACUGUUUCAGCAGGACGAGCAGGCAUGGAUAUCCCUUUGUGCUUUAUUUUUUUUUCUUCUGUUUGAACAUGGAAGCUCGUGGCCUUAAACGUCACCGGUCUAUGUCAUCACAGACAGCUCCCUCGCCCAUCGAGAGCUAAGCCUCAUCUUCCAGACGCAAGGUUUAUGCCAAUACGCACAGCUUCCAUUAGUGUGUAUGCGUGUGUGUAUAUAGAUAUAUAUAUAAAGAGAGAAGUAUUUAUGAAUCUAUUUUUUUUUUCUAUUUUGUGACGAGAGCUAUUAAUAAGAAACAAACAGAAAAACAAGUCUUUUUUUUUUGGUGGAACACUGCCAUGUUAUUCUGAAGGGAAGUGUUUAUUUUCUUGAAAGUAGACUAUGAAUAUUGGUAGUAUACUAACAGUAAGAACAGUAAUGAAUCACCGCAACACUUUGAUCAGAAUGUGAUUGGUGCGCAUGUCAGUAUUGUGAUCUACCUCAGGCGUCAGGGUACCUCAGUCCAAUCUUUUAAGUUCCCUUUUUUUCUCCCCACAUUUUGUAUGCCUUGUAAACUGAAAGUUUUAAAUGUUUUCUUUUUACUAAUAAUAAAAAAGAUCAAGAAAAGAUCUAUUCUGAAGUCUUCAGGUCCAUCUGACAAAGAAGAAUGGAUCUUAAAGCCUUCAAAACUGUAUGGGAAUUUACUUCAUUCUUUUACAGAUCACAGCCUUGUGAUUUAUUAUAGAAUGUGUAACUGAGGGGUACUUACCUGCCCGAAAGGGGUUCUGAAUGUGGAUACUGUGUGCUGAUGUCUAGAUCAGUGACAAAUGGUUAAAAAGACUAUGAAUAUCAAGCAGAAUGGCUUAAUUCGAAGCCAGCUUUCUCUUUACAUUUUAUAAAAAUGCGUCCAAAUUCAGGAAUUACAGUCAGACCAAAUUUUUUAAUUAAGGUUUUUUUUUUUAAAUUAAGGCCUUUCACAAAACAAAACCAGGUUGAUAUAAAAUAAAAUAAAAAAGAGAAAAAAAAAACAAUAAAAGAGCUCUUUUUCUUAAUGUAAUCCACAGAGUAACUGUUUGGUAGAAGUGUUUAUCAUAAUUACACAAAAAUCACAAAUGCAGGUAUUUUGUCGCCUCAGAUCUGCAGUGGAUCUGUUGCCGGUUGCAGUCCUUGCGUGUUACUGCUGAAACAACAAGGCCUAUGUCAAAUCAAGACGGAAGACAGUAGAAGGUCACGUCAUGUUAGGUCCAGGUGUGUGUACUUGGGAUGGCUGGUUUGCUUUCAUACAGUAAUUCACACAAUUUGUCUGUGGACUGAACUGCUAGCUUUCCCACUCCAUAGUUUUAGUUCUAACCUUUGACCGUUUUCGAUAGGGGCGUGUUACUGUAGACCUGUGUAAAUCGUUUUUUACCUACUGAAGCAACUCGUCCACACUUAUCCGCAAAGAGUAGCAAAGACAUCAGGUGCUGAAGGUGUUUCUUUUAGUAAAUGUUAGAGGCUUCUGCUAGAUUAGGAUUUCUAGCAAUUUUUCGCUCUAGAAGCUGAAUACGAUUCUUAUGGUUCUUGACUCUGUGAAGGCUUGUAGCUAGACGAGGCCGUUAUUUCCCCUGAAUGAUAGACUUUCUGCUUAAUCUCAGGUGUUUGCUCAUUGAUGGAGUUCAGGUUGUGUAGCAGUAUGAUAACUUGGAUCACUUUGAACUGUUAUUGUAACUGUAACACGCGCCACGCUGUCGAUAGACACCUAUCUAAUGUUUUACAGUGGUUCUUAACUUUUCUUAAGAGUUUGUAUUUCCAGGCUUCGUCAGGUGUGCGUCAGUAUUUAACUUUACGGAAGCAUUAGUCGAUACGUGCAUUAACUAACACCACACUGUUAUAUUGUCUCUGUAGUCUGGUAAUUAUGCUGUCUCGCUAUCCAUUAUGAUAUCCUGUAACGUAACGCUAGGAAGAAAUGAGGUCUUUGCAUUAACUUUAGGCCAGAAGUCAUAGCUAAUAUAAGUCGAACGAAUCAGGUCAGUUUAGGAUAGCUGUUGUUUGUAGUGUUGGCAUGAAAUCUCAUCGUGGUCUUCUUUGAGCCCUGAAGCUUUUAGGGUGAAUGGAGACUUAAGGUAGGUGCUGUUCUCUGUUUAUUUUUUUGAUAUUAGAAUAGACCACAGGCACAGCUAUAGUUGCUCAGAGUAUGACAGUACCGUUCUAAACAUGUUUAACUCGGGAUGAGAGCAGAAAAUCAGAGCGAUGCAUGAGAAUUCAAUGCAAAUCAUAGGCUGUGAAAACUUAUUUGCGCCUUUACCACGGCAGAUCCAUUCCUACGCAGCUCUCUAGCUUCUCACGUCAGUUCAUUUCGAGCGAUGGGAAACAGAGACUGGGCUCGCUGCACUGCCUGUCGUGUCCCUUCAGCUGGAUUGUGGGUAGUGGGAUGGGGGUGUUUGGGGGACUGUUUGGAGCUGAACUUUUUUUUUUUUUUGCUAACAACCAUGUUGUUUUGAAAUGUAGGUGAACUGUACUGCUGAUCAACAUGGAUUUGAGCAAUAAAAAUUCUUUAUAAAAUU